UUCCUGAGCAAAACAACACCUUGGAGUUAGGAGGCAGCUAUCAGCUGCAAGAAUAGAAAUAUUGCCCUCAAUUUUCUAAUAGACUCUACGCGACAUUGUGAACUGGUUUUGUUUUAGGUUUCAAAAGUUUGAUGUAAUUUUGAGUAGCUGCUGCAUCACUCAUUUUGUGAUACUGAGAGAAACAAGGCAAGAUGGAUGAAGACGGGAAAGAGGAAGACAGAAAGAGUGAAGGGGAGGAGGGGAGUGGUGAUGCUUCCAAAAGGCCUGUUCUAAAAAAACAGGACAGUGGCAUAACACUGGACAGUUGUUUGUCCAGCAAAUCAGAAGACAGCGCAAAGUCGCCCUCUACUAGUUUGAGGGAUGGGGCUUCUGAUGCUGACAUGAAUGAUUCGGAGUGGCUAAUUGACAGUGCGGUGCCGUCUUCUUCGCUGUCCGAGUCUGGUGCGGAAACCAAGUCAGAAGAUAGCCCUUCUUUCAAAGACGAUAAUGACCCGGACACGCAGAGCGAAGAUAUUAACGCGAUGGAUGACUUUAUUAAUGAGGAGACUGUCAGUAGCGUGAAAGACACUGCUUCCUCGGUUAGCGCUGACAAAAUUGGCAUAAUGACUGUUGACCAUGAGGAUGAAGUUAUGGCUGACAGUCAGCAAAUGAGUGGCUCGGACAUAAACGGUAUUAGCAAUGCAGACAGUUCCAGGGCAGGAGGCAGCAAUUCCCUUGGCUACAAACGACUCACGGAGGACGAGGACGAUUCCCCAGAACCAAAGAGGCGAACGCCAGACCGGUGGGACGAGGAAAGGGAAGAAGAAGCAGUAGAUGCAUCUAAAAAAGCAUCAUCUACCUCUGGGGAUCUUUCGUCGGAGGAUAGACUGGCAUCUGAAAAUCUGCCAGAUCUAACCUCAGAUGAUGAUGAUGAAGAAGAAGAAGAAACUUCAGAAUCAAACCAGCUUCUGCAUCAAUUGUUACAACGCAACAGCCGUCGCAACCAGGCCAAGCGCCGGGACUCCAGCUCAGAGGACUCAGAUUCUUCAGAAGAUGAAGGGGAAAAUGACAAUACGGGCAACAGAGAUUCUGACGAAGAAGAGAGUGAAGAAUCAAAUGAGGAGGUGAAGAAAGCUGUGUGGGACAUUAUGAGCAAACCUCCCCCAAAGCCCAACUGGUUUGUGCUUCCGGAACUGAGGAGGAGGGAGUACGGCUUCUCUCGACGCGAGAGCCUGAUGAGUUUCAAUGAGAAGCUCCAGGGCAGUCUGGAGAUGGUGAAGCGACUAGUCAUGGUGGAGCAGAUGAAAUGCCAUGAGGGCUGUGUCAAUGCCCUUACCUUUAACAGAAUAGGAACUCUGCUGGCCAGUGGGUCAGAUGACCUCAAUAUUGUGCUGUGGAACUGGCAACGAGGACGACCUUCGCUCAUCUAUGACAGUGGUCACCGAAGUAAUGUCUUUCAGGCCAAGUUCAUGCCCUUUAGCGGUGAUUGCCAUAUGAUCAGCUGUGCUCGAGAUGGACAGGUACGACUGGCGGAGUUGUCGCUCACAGGUGUCUGCAAAACUACACGGAAACUGGCCAAUCACAGAGGUGCUGCCCACAAGCUGGCACUAGAGAUGGAUUCUCCGAACGUCUUCCUGAGCUGUGGCGAGGAUGCUGUCACCUUUCUUUUUGAUCUCAGGGAAGAGCGACCCCACAGGCUGGUGACCACCAAAGUCGGGGAGAAGAAAGUGCCGCUCUACUCCAUCCACUCCAACCCGAGCGACUCGCGGGAGUUUUGCGUCGGCGGGAGGGAUCACUACAUCAGGGUGUACGAUAAGAGAAAAAUCGCAGAGGAUGUUGAUGGUGGAGUGCUCAAAAAGUUCUGCCCGGAUCACUUGGAAAACAGUGAUCUCAAAGCUAACGUGACAUGUGCCUGUUAUAGCUACAAUGGAUCUGAAAUCCUGGGCUCCUACAAUGACGAAGACAUUUACCUGUUUGACAACAGGAUGUCGGACGGUGCCAAUUACACCCACCGCUACAUGGGUCACCGCAACAAUGCAACAGUGAAGGGGGUCAACUUCUACGGUCCCAAAUCGGAGUUUAUCGUGAGCGGCAGCGACUGCGGAAACAUUUACUUCUGGGAUAAGGAGACGGAGGCCAUCAUCAACUUCCAGGAGGGGGACGAGGCGGGCGUGAUCAACGUUCUUGAGCCUCACCCGACCCUGCCCAUCCUGGCGACCAGUGGACUGGACCACGAGGUCAAGCUGUGGAAACCCUCCCCGCAGCCUCUAGACAUUGACAGGGACAAGUUGAAAAAGACGCUGCACAAGAACCAUGUGGAGCGCAAGAAGGAGGUCCGGGAGGCGGAGCCCGAGAUGAUUGGCGGACAAAUGUUGUGGUUCCUCAUGCACCACUUCCGGAACUCGGCCAGACGCAGUAUGAGAACAGAAGGAUUCCAGUUGUCGAGCACAGAUGAUGAUGAUGAUGAAAACUCGGAUGAUGAAGAGGCUGGUAAUGAGACACAAUGCCUGCAGUCAUAAGAGAGGGGUGGGGGCAGGAAAGUCUGAUCUGACGUGUGUGCUUAUGACGACGAGGACAAGGAUGGUGAAGACAGUGUUGUUUAGAUGCAAGUGGCCGAGCACACAGGUUCUGUCGUUGGACGACGCAGAUGUUUGUAUAGAGAUGCAAUGUGCGCAGUGGUGUCCAGCUAUGGAGACUCGUAUCAGCACGCGUGUUAUUGUUGUUGACAGCAUUCGUGUGUUUGUUGUUGGUGGGAAGUCCUGCUUGUAGGGGAGGGGGGUGGGGGGGUUUAGUAGUUUGUUGUAGCAUGACAGACUCGAGGAGAGUUCCUACUUCUUGUUGACCUAUUAUUAUAUUCGCAGUUGCUAGUGGUGUGUGUGUGCCCUUUCUGUAUCUAUCAGUCAAGUUGGUUUUCUUAGCAAUUGGCUGCGGUUGUGGUGUGUUUGUGAGUGCGCUACUGUGUAUGUGUGUGUUUGAGAGAGUGCUUUUUUCUGGUGUGUGCCACAAAAAUGAUGUUUAUGAGCUUGGGGUCUGUUUGGAUGAAAAAGUAUUUUUGCGUGUGGUGGUAAUUU